GAGUUCACCUGAGUCUCUGGAGGAGUUAGUGGUCCACGAGUCCUUUAUUCUGUCCUUCAUUUUAUAAAUCAUAUAUUAAUCUCAUGUGUGCUGUUUACUUUAAAUGGUCUGGAACCGUUACCCAGCAUGCUUCACUAUGUGUGUUGACUUGUAGAAGCUACUAAUCAAACAUGAAAUACUAUAGUAGAUAUAAUACUACUGAAGUAGUAAUACAGUAGAAACACACAAAUGUUUAAAUCGAAGUACUCAAUGUACUUUUACACUCAUGCCUUUGAGAAAUUAAAAUAAUUCAUAAAAACCUGAUUCUUGAUGAGUUGUAUAAAAUGUUUAAAUAUGUUUCAGUGUUCACAGAUGUUAAUGAGUGUACAUGUGUGUGUUUAUGUAACUCUUAUUAAUAAUAUAACUCAUUUAUUAAGCUGCAGGCUGAACGCACAAUAAAGAUAAAUAAAACCAUAAAGACUGACGUCAUCCUAUCGAUUUAUAUUGAAACAUGUUUUCAGAUUCUUGAACAUCAGAGGAAGAAGAUUCAUACUGGACUAUGGACGCUGUUUGCCAACCGCAAUAAGAAGAAGAAGAAGAAGAAGAAGAAGAAGAAGAAGAAGGAGGAGAAGAAGAAGAUGAUGAUGAUGAUGAUGAUGAUGAUGAUUAGCCGGACUGCUAUCUAACAUCAGCCGCUCUCGGAUCGACUUCUUCUGUCUGAGUUUAGCAGCAGCUGCGCGGAGGCGCUGCGCGUGCGUUUAUCUCCAGACCGUCUCAUGUCUCGUGCUCCUGUAGUGUAGUGUAGUUUGUUCUCCGUGGAACUGAGUAAAGAUGGCGGACGACAACGUGAAACUCUCCAAAAACCUUCUGCGCAUGAAGUUCAUGCAGAGAGGUCUGGACGAGGAGACGAAGAAGCAGCUGGAGGAAGAGGAGAAGAGGAUCAUCAGUGAUGAGCACUGGUACCUGGACCUACCUGAGCUGAAGACUAGGGAGAACGUCAUCAUCGAGGAGAAGAGCUUCGUUCCCUGUGAGGAGCUAAAGUACGGUCGCUUCUCCUUCAAAGGUUUUAACCCAGAAGUAGAGAGGCUGAUGCUGCUGAUGAACCCAGAGGAGGAAGAGGAGGAGAAGGAAGAAGAGCCCAGCAGGAUGCAGACGGACGUCACAGAUGAAGAAAUGGCUCUCAGGUACGAGAGUUUAGUGAGAAGCAUGAAGAAGAAGUUUUCUACAAAGCGACAGAGAGGUGUGACAGAAGAAGACGACGACGACGUGAACCACAACGUGGUGGAAACCAGCAGAGUCUUUCUGAAGCCUCACGACUGAAACACUUUGUCUUUAUGGAUGUGACUCGGAAUUAUCUUUAGUUUUUUAUUUUAUUCCACAUGUGCAGAGACAGAUGUGUUUUAGGCUGAUUGGAUGUUAAACAUCUGUGUUUUAAAGAGGAAUCUCUCUGACGCUGCUCAUUAAACUCACAGCUCUGUGUUCA